AACACAGCCAGUGUUUAAAGCCACACAUAAGGGUUGGCCUAUCUGUUAAAGAAAAGAUGGUGGUUUUCCAGUUCUGUUUAUUUGCAUGUUUUCUCUACCUCAGAGCAUAUUCUGCAAGUGAUGAUAAUUGGGAUGCCACAGUACCAAAGUCAGUAGUGGGUCUGUCUGGCUCAUGUGUGGUGAUCCCCUGUACGUACAACUAUCCAUCAAAUGGAAAGACAUACACAGACUUUACAGGAAUCUGGUACAAAGGUGACUCUGAUAUAAUCUACCAUAAAGACACUUCCAAAAUCAUCAGCAAAUUCAAGAAUCGCACCAGCCUUAUUGGUUCCUUGAAUCAGAAAAACUGCACUUUGAAAAUUAGCUCUUUACAACACGAUGACCAAGGACAAUACAUGUUCCGGAUUGAGAUUAAAGAUCUGGACAUGUACUCAUACCAACGAAGAAAUGUUUCUAUAACUGUGAAAGAUUCACCCGAGCUUCCCAGCAUCUCUGUGGAAGGGGAAGUGACAUCACAGAAGGAAGUGACCGCUACCUGUGUUGUGUCACAUUCCUGUCCGUCUGACCCGCCGCGUCUCACCUGGAGCCACAAAGGCAAAACCACAAGUGACUCACAACCACAAGUGGACGGCCAAUUGAAGUUAAUAUCAUAUCUGACUUUCACACCAUCCAGAGAAGACCAUAAUAAACCUCUCAGCUGCUCUGCAGUAUUUCCUCCGUCAAAAACAGUGUCCAACAACAAAAAGCUCAAAUUUAAAUAUCGUCCAUUUAAUGUGAAUGUACGGAGUUCACCGGUGAAGGAAAAUGAGUCUAUCGGACUGACCUGCUUCACUGAUAGUAAUCCUCCUGCUCAUAGCUUCCAGUGGUUCGGCUCAACAGGAUCUCCGUUGGCAAAUGGAAGCACCUAUAGAAUGAAUCAUGUGACCCGUUAUACUGAAGCCAUUUCCUGCACCGCCACCAACACAGAGGGAAAAAACAGUUCAGGUCCUCAGAGGAUUAAUGUCUUGUAUCCUCCUGAGAUUAAAAGUGGGUCUUCCUGUGUAUCAGAGACUUUUAUAGUCUGUGUCUGUAUUGUGGACUCAAGCCCUCCCAGUGAAGUCAAGUGGCUCGGUCCCUCGAGUACUUUCCCCAGCUCUGGUGUUGAACAAAAUGGGUCUCUUACCAUAUUCACCCUUCAGGGAUGGCUGGGAUUCCCUGAAACAGUCAAUUGCUCUGCCAGUAACAGUGAAGGAAACUCUGUCAUGACUCUGUCAGUGCCGCAUAAUGGUUUAAUAAUAUAUCUGGUUGUUACUUCUGUUGUUGUUGUUGUUAUUGUAGUGGUCAUUUCAGCGUGUGUAGCCAAGAGACACUGUGGACGAAGACCUGCACAAAGUGUACUGGAUGUGAAGAAUGACCACAAUGAACUGAAGACAACCCCAAAGUCAGACACAUCCAGCCAAGAACAACAAAACGUUGACUUAUACACAAAUUAUGAAGAAAUAGACCAACCUGUUUAUAAGAAUUUUGAGUGUGAUGAUGGAAACCCGUCAUGUGAGCAAGAUGAAGAUGAAGCGAUCUACGCUAACACCUAAAAUAAACAAGCGUUAUAACUCUUAUAUAGAUCAUAUUCAAAUGACCGUUUUGAUGGCAUUAUAGUUUAAUUUUACUGGUCUAUCUAGCAGAAAAAAAGAUAUAUAAUGCUUGCUAAGUAAUAUUGCAAUAAUUUAUUCAUAUUGUCCUAAAAGCAUGUUUGAUGUCUAUAAUGUGUAAACAAGGCCCCCUUGUGGUCACUGGAGGAAAGGUUUGGCAAGGCUGUGACCUAAAGCUGCUGCAAACCUUUGGAUGCCUUUAGUCACAACGUAAUUUCUGCAGUUACAAUUGUGUUGUUCUGAAGUUUGAUGAGUUAACUAUUAUUGUCAAAUGUAUAUAUAUUAUAAAAGAAUGUGUUGUAGUUUACUUAUGACUUGAAUGAGUAUGGCUCACCAGUUUGGGGUAUAUACAUUACUAUUCUAAACAUCACUGUGAACAUUUUCAAAAACUUUAAUUCAUCACAGAUUGAUCUG